AUGUCAGACUCACCGCAACUCUACCGCUCGAGCACCACUGCGCCUGUCAACAUUGCUGUGAUCAAAUACUGGGGCAAGCGUGAUACAGUAUUAAAUCUCCCCACCAAUUCCUCGCUCUCCGUGACUCUGUCUCAAAAGUCCCUGCGAACUCACACCACCGCAUCCGCGUCAGAGUCUUACUCUGGCGACGAUACUCUGCUCCUCAAUGGAGAACAAGAAGACAUCAAGUCCUCCAAGCGCACACAAGCCUGUCUGAAACAUCUACGUUCGCUGCGAGCCGAGUUGGAGGCCAAAGAUGCAACGCUCCCAAAAUUAUCCAAGAUGACCCUUCGACUGGUCUCGGAGAACAAUUUCCCAACCGCUGCCGGGCUUGCAUCUUCUGCUGCUGGAUUCGCCGCACUUGUCAGGGCUAUUGCUGAUCUCUACGAACUGCCUCAAUCUCCUGAAGAGCUAUCUCUCAUUGCCCGGCAAGGCUCUGGCUCGGCCUGCCGGAGCUUGAUGGGUGGCUUUGUGGCUUGGAGAGCGGGAACUAAAGAGGACGGAAGUGACAGUAAGGCCCAGGAGGUUGCUCCAGCUUCACACUGGCCUGACCUCAGAGCACUUAUUCUUGUCGUGAGUGCGGAGAAGAAGGGUGUCCCAUCAACGGCAGGUAUGCAGACCACAGUCGAGACUUCGACGCUCGCGCCUGCCAGGUUCACGGACAUUGUGCCGAGGAGGUUGAAAGAGAUCGAGAAGGCCAUUCAUGAGAAGGACUUCGAGGCCUUCGGUCGCAUUACCAUGCAGGACUCGAACUCCUUCCACGCGAUUUGUCUCGAUUCAUGGCCACCCAUCCACUACAUGAACGAUGUGUCAAGGGCCGCGAUGAACGCAGUCGAGACGGCCAACCGAAAAGCAGGAAAGACCGUGGCAGCAUACACCUUCGAUGCGGGUCCAAAUGCCGUCAUCUACUACUUGGAGGAGCAUGCAUACCUCGUGGCCGGCGUGAUCAGAAGCAUCAUACCGUAUAUUCCCGGCUGGGAGGGUGAAUUCGCGGAGAAGAUUCGUCCCAACGAAUUCGGCGGGCUAGAGCAGAGGACAUUGAUGACGCUCAAAACCGGUGUCAGUCGCGUCAUCUGUACUGGCAUCGGCGGGGCUCCGGAGAAGAUAGAUAAGCACCUGGUGGACGAGAGUGGUCAGCCGGUUUCAGUGGAUUGA